AUGCCGUCUUUCCCUGAGAGCAUGGUGGGGAAGACUCUCCAGUUGCUCCUUCCGUACCACGACGCCAUCAUCAGGGGCGUCGAGCGCAGCAAGGACGACAAGCUCACCCGUGUCAAGAUCGAGGCUCUGCCCGGGGUUGCGUUUUCCGCUGGAGAACUGCGACUGGAGAGCACGGAAGGGCUGAAGUUUGUAGGUGCUCUCCACAUGGACGACGUCUCAGGGCACGAGUGCACGCUUACAGUCCAUGACGACCAAGUGCACUAUUGUGGCUCUUGCACAGAAGUGAGAGUCCCAGCUUUCCCCCCAUUUUCAGAGACCAUGGUAGGGAUGACAGUCCGCUUCUCUGGGUCAGAUCCCUACUCCAUUGAGCUCUAUCAUUAUGUAUAUGACUCUAAUCCUUACACCCUCCCCCUCUCACCUCCGUUCUAUUCUGAUUUCAAUGAUGCAGCUGAGCAGAAAAUUAAAGUUGCAAUAAAUGGUUAUGGAAAGAUUCGGAGGGCGCUCGCUAGAGCAGCUUUGCAGAGUGAAGGCGUUGCCCUUGUUGCUGUCAAUGAUCUAUCUGGAGGAGACGAAAUUAGUUGUAUGUUUAGGGAUAUAUGGGACUUUGGAGUGAAAAACUGUACCUGUGAUAUUCUUAAGGGGGUCGAUUUGUACAAGGAAAGCAAUCCUGCUGCAGUCCCUUGGUACAUGAGCGGUGCCCAGUUUGUUGUGGAGACUAGCGAGUGUACUCAGGAUGCUGACCAUUACAAGAACCGUGCGUCUUCGUAUAGCCGCUGUUCGGAUCUCAAGCUCUUUGAACCUCUUGAAACAAUAGUUGGCCGCUCAUCGACCACUCCCAACAGUUCGAGGGCCCCAAUUCUGCGGAUCGAACCGGUCACCCCAAGUGAUGCCAAGGCUGUGCGGGACUGUUUCCCCCUCUGGAUGCGUGAAGAAGUUGGCUCAGUAGUUUGUGUCCAGGGGGUUGAUAUGACUUUUGAGUUGGCAGGGACGGAUAUGAUGAUACUGAGUAACACCCAACCUAGCUUGAACUUCGCGCCGCUUCUGAGAUGGUGCUUUGACAUGCUGAGCCAGAUCCCAGAAGCAGGGGAAUGUCACGUCCAGACGAGUGAAAAGCCACGGCGGACCUAAGGCUUCAGCGUGGAAAUGAGUUCUCCUGUGUACAUUGAUGGUGAUUGGAUAGUGUAUAGACAUUCGAUAGCCCAUAACCUCGACACUCGAAGCCCAUAGCCUCCAGUACAUACAUGUAUUGAUAGCCCAUAGCCUCCUGUGUACAUUACCAGUAAAUGAGCUCUCACACUUGACAUUCGGUUCAGUUGGUCCUUGGAUAAAUGAGCGAUUCUUCUGAAUUUUCUCCUUUCUCAAGCUAGUCUGCAGAUCUUCUUAUUGCAACUUCAUUCACA